AUGCCCUCCCAGGAUUCUUCAAACGACGAUGUGCGCGUCACCGGCUACGACCCGCUGAUCCCACCGGCCCUCCUCGCUGCCGAACUUCCCAUCCCACCACACGCCGAGAAGACCAUUGUGCAGGGCCGCAAAGACGCUGCCAGAAUCAUCAAACAGCAAGAUGACCGUCUCCUGGUCAUGGUCGGACCCUGCUCCCUCCACGACCCCGAGCAGGCCGUCGAAUACUGCCAGCGGCUGAAGACGCUCGCCGACAAGCUCCAAGACAAUCUCUGUAUCAUUAUGCGCGCCUACCUCGAGAAACCACGCACAACGGUUGGCUGGAAGGGCCUGAUCAACGACCCGGACAUGGACGAGAGCUUCCAGAUUAACAAGGGUCUCCGCGUGUCCCGCAAGUUGUUCGUCGACCUUACGUCUUCUGGCAUGCCCAUUGCCUCUGAGAUGCUCGACACCAUUUCUCCUCAGUUCCUUGCCGACCUGAUCUCUCUCGGCGCGAUUGGUGCACGCACAACCGAGUCUCAAUUGCACCGUGAACUCGCAUCUGGGCUGUCUUUCCCUAUUGGCUUCAAGAACGGCACCGAUGGAGGUUUGACCGUGGCGGUAGAUGCCAUUGGCGCUGCGGCUGCGAAGCACCACUUCCUGGGUGUGACAAAGCAGGGACUGGCAGCCAUCACCCGAACAGCCGGCAACGAGCACUGCUUCGUUAUUCUGCGCGGUGGCACCAAGGGUACAAACUUCGACAAGGACAGCAUCAAGGCUGCCCGGGAAGCGUUGAGGAAGAAGGGCCAAGCGGAGGUCAUGAUGGUCGACUGCUCACACGGCAACUCGAAUAAGGACCACCGAAACCAGCCUAUCGUCGCCAAGGACAUUGCUGACCAGAUCCGCAACGGCGAGACUGGCAUCGUCGGCGUCAUGAUCGAGUCUAAUAUCAACGAGGGCAGCCAAAAGGUCCCGCCCGAGGGCCCCAAGGGCCUGAAGAGGGGUGUCUCCAUCACCGACGCUUGUAUUGGCUGGGACAGCACCGUCGCUGUUCUCGAGGAUCUUGCCUCUGCUGUUGCGGAGAGGAGAUCGAACAAGACCAACGGCGCGCAGUAA